UAGUGAAAAAAAUCGAUUGGUUCGGGCGUGGAGUAUUUUUGUAUUAUUUUUCGAGAAUUUGGCAUGCAAAGCCGUCCAUAGUCGCGAUGAAUCGAGCCCAAGUGGCCAGCUUGCUGGAGGAAGUGCGCAAAUCACCGGACAAAACCACAGUGCAUCGUAAAUUGGUGCAAAUACGGACGGAGGUCAUCAACAGUGAUGCUGGCAUACAGCACUUUUUCUCGCUCGGGGGCAUCAAACUUCUGGUAGCUCUGAUGGCAAAACCGUACGAAAAAGUGCUGGAAGUGGCCCUCAGCAUCCUCGGGAACUGCUGUAUGCAGAAGGAUUGUGCGAAACAGGCUUACGAAGAGGGUGUAUUAUCACCAUUGAUCUCGUACAUAGCGAAUUUAUCGAACCCGGCAAUACAAUGUCGCGGUUGCCGCUUGCUCGGCAAUUUAGCUCAAUUUCCAGCGAUCACUUACGUACUCGCUAAAGACUGCAGCAGUACUGUCUACGCUCUUAACUCUAUUCUAACCGAGCCGGACAACACGGCGGUACUGAUUAUGGCGAUCCGUGCUAUUCGCCAACUAUGGAGUGAAAAAACUAUUCGCAAUAUGAUGAUUAACCAAAGCUGCGUGGAAAAGAUUAUAGUUUUGUUAGUCAAAUUCGCCCGCAAUGAGUCGAAGGUGGCGGAAAGCCCUCCGAAGGAAGAACCGUUGGGAGAUGAAACGGAAAAGGUGGUUAUCAAGCGCAUGCACGCUCCGGAUCGAACCAUUACGAAGGAGAAGUUUAAAAACAUCGUGCGCCACAUGGAAAACAGUCAUCACUGUGAUAUUGUCGGCUUUCAGUUGAUCAAAAGCUACCGCUGGAGGGAUACGCAGGAUUUCAAGAUGCCAAUGGCUAAGGAAACCGUCGAACUGUUCAACGGGAUUUUGAAAUGUUUGCAAACGGUAACAACUACGAUGAAUGGUCGGGUCGCCGAAGAUGUCUACGGUGACAAUGGGUCUGGUGUUCGAUGUCUAGUGUUUCUCUGCUCGGAAACGAGCCAAUUUCGGACGCUGGCGUUGAAGAUAGUGUUCAAUUUGGCCUCGAAUCCCGACGCCAUCGACAAACUGACCUCGUGCGAUGUGAUUACAAUGGCAUCGGAUUUGAUUAUGUAUGCUAGUUUAGAUGAUUCGGAAAAACGGUACUGUACCAGUGUGAUAUGCCUUCUGGCCAAAGAAGCCUGUAAUCGGGGCCAUAUACGACGGAGUGGAGCCUUGCAGGCAUUGAUGCAGCUCGCCAAACAAUGUCAAGAAAAGCGUGAGCUUAGCAUAAUCCUCUACGCGCUUUAUCAAUAUCGUUUCGAUAAUCUCAGCUUUGAUAUUCUGCUGAACAAUGGGCUGGUGGGUUUUCUUGUAAAAGUUUUGAAGGAUAUUAUUGCUGAGAAGCAAAUCAAUCAUAUGAAGCAUGACGACGAGGAAACGUUGAAUACUAGUAUCUACUCCAAACGCCGGUCCAGUAGUCAGAAGGCCAAACUGAAACGUAGUGACGAACUAUUCAACUACAAAAGUUCCAGUUUAUACAGGCAAGCGAAAAUCGCAAAGAUGGACCCAUACUGCUCGGCACCGGAAUCUCCGGAAAGCGGAAGCAGCGGUUACGCAAGCAAUAUCAAUCGCAACCCGUCCUCCAGUUCGGGUUCCAGUCCCAACCGAACCGAUGACAAUGACGAUGAUUUCGAUGAUAGUGACAUCUACUCGCCGGUUUGCAGUGACGGAGAAGACGAUCCAGAAACUAUCGCGAAAAAAGAUGAACGAGAUCCGUCGGCAAUGGUAAUGGCAGUGAACGCAGAAUGCACCGAAGACGCUAAACCGCCAGAGUUCGACAUCCUUGCGUAUUUGUACGAUGACAAUUCCAACACCAACCUAACGAACGAACUAUCGGCGACAGAUCUGGAGAGUGAACUAACAGUGCAAAAUGAAAAACAACGACCGAAUCAAUGCAGCUACGAUGACACCAUUGAUGAUAACGAAAUUCACGACAUUGAGCUGGAAAUCGUUUCUUCCCAAGCGUUCGAGAAAAAUCCAAUGCAACCGAUAUUGACUCUGCUGUGGUCGAUCUCAAAGUCCCACAGGGGGAUGGAGUUUGUCCAUCCGGAAACGUUGACGACUCUGUUGAGGAUAUGCAAGUUGACGAAAAAACCACGCGGAAGGGCAUAUCAGAUUAUCGCCAAUAUUAUCAAGCAUGUCGAACACUUUCUGCCACUGCUGAAGCAGGAUUUUGUGUUUCGGCUGCACGAAUUCAAAGUACCGUACAGUGCACAUUCCCGCUGUUGGAGCUGUGAUGAGAUGAAAUCCGCCUGCAACGAGCUGAUGUCACUGUUCGGUAACAUCGGCGAGACUGGCUACGGGCAAGGUGAAAUCGCUCACAUACUGCGAACGGGGGAGCGAACACUGCAGCUGCAGGUGGCAAUCAUCGUUACAUUCGUUAUACGCGACACGAAGCUACUCCACAAAUUGCUUUACGAUAUGAAGAUUUUGGACACGGUUAUGGACAUCAUUCUGAACGAAAACGAUGACCGCCGAGAAGAGGAACUGUACGAUCAGCGGUUGUGUGUAGCGGCCUGCUCGGGGAUCACGACCUUGGCGCAGAAUUUGAACAUCUGCGGCGAGGAAGAGGACACUGGAACGCCGAGCGAAAAAUUGGAAGCCAAGGAAUUCGACAACACGCUAACCAUUUGCGACGAGAACAGUACCGAAGAGAAGGUAACGUUCAAGGUGCGAAACGCAAGCGGAACGACCGAACAGGUGUUGGUAAGCAAAAGCUUACUCAUUCAGGGCAGCGAUGUGUUCCAACGAAUGUUCGACGGAGAUCAUUUUAUCGAAUCGAAAAAGAACGAAGUUCAGCUGCAGGAAAACAUCAGCGUCGAUGGGUUGAAAUAUUUCUUCUACCUAAUCAGACUGCAAACGCUAAACAAAUUAACGGGAAUGGCCCCACCACCGAAGGUGAUUGAAGCCAGUUUGGAUGCUUUGAGUCUGUCGCAAAAAUAUCUGCUGCCGGCGGUGGAAAAAUCUGUUCAGAACAUCGUGAAAACAUUGUUGAACGAUGACUGCGUGCUGAACGUGUUCGAGUGGUCUUUGCAAAACUAUAACCAGGAACUGUUGGUAGCCGCUACCUACUACUUUCUGUAUUCCGAUAUCAGCGGUGCGGCAAAGUGUAAGCUGUUUCGGGCAGCAAACAAAUCCGCCUAUCGGAAGGAAUGGCGCCGGCUGCUGAACGAAACAAUUCUGUUUCGUGUACAGCCUAAUCUAGAAUAAAUCUGUUAGUGCUAUAAUAUAUUGUUUAUCGUUUCCUAUUAUAUUAAUAGAAACACUUCUUUUUGCUGAUGUUGCUGCUUUUGCUGCGAGGUUAUACAACCAGUACUAGAUAUUUAUUCAUAUUAUUAUGAUGUACACAACCCUUCACUGUAUAUUUUACAUUCCAACCAACUACAAUAGAAUGAAUGGUAAAUGUCUCAA